AUAAAUUUUGUUUAUAUAAUGAGACAAAAAUGUAACUAGUUAGGUUAAAAUUUACGACGCUGUAGACUUCUUUUGAAGUCUACUAAAAUUAAAAUUUUGGAGUAGAUUUUACUGUAACAUAGUAGACAUUUUUGAAAGUCUACUAUAAUAAUUUCAUUAUUAAUAAUUUCAUUAUUGUUAUUUAUCCUUUAUUAUUUUAAUAAUUUUAAUAUAUGAUUUACUAAAUUUAUUUCUUUAUUUUUCAAUAGUUAUAUUCACUUUUUUUAUUUUUAAGGAACUUAACUUAGUUUAAAUAUAAUGAUUUUUUGUAAAAAAUUGAAGAAUAUAGACUGAAAAAAGAUGUCUUCAAAUAAAUAUACUUUAUUGUAGGUCUACGAAACCCUAAACCACAAAUUUCAAACCCUAAAUGUUUUGUUUGAUAAUCAAAAAGUCUCAAUUAUACAAAAUAUAAACUACCAAACAUUAAUAUGCAGAUUUAAGUUAAUAAAACAAAAUAAAAAUAAAAUCUAAAAUCUAACCCUAUGAAAUCAACCACUAAAAGACAUAAUAUGUUAGAACCUUUUGUUUAUAAACUAUGAACAUUGCCUAACACAUGAUAAUCAAAUUAGUAUACAUUCUUCAAAAUUGUUCAAUUAUAUGAAAUUUUAAUUUAUUUACUUCAUAUUAUCCAUUAUAUUGAUGAUUAAUUAAAAAUAUCACAAUAAUUAUUUUUAUACAUUUUCAAAAUUAAAUUAUUAGAUCAAAUUAGAGUGUAGACUACAAAAUAAAUCUAUAAGGUAGACUUCGUAGGAAGUCUAUAUAUAUGUAGACUUCUUUUAUUACGUGUAGACUUCCGAAGAAUAGAAACAUAAAAUAUAUUUCUGUUUUUUUGUUUGGUCAUAAGGAUUAAAUAAUACUUUCACAACCAGGUUCUGGUUGGUUUUGCAUUUGACUGAAAGUGAGAUACACUUUUAGGUUUGACUUGAAUAUUUAGGUUGUUUUUGGCAAAUGUCCCUCUCAAGAAAUAGCUUUUGGGAAUCUUUUUGGGUUCUUUUACUUUUGUGGAAUUUUUUUUUUUCGGAAAAUAAACUAAUUAAUUAUUAUUUUACGUUUGGAAAGUUUGAUAUCUAUACAAAAUGGAAUUGAUUUUUGUAGUAACUAGUUUCCUUCUCAACUAGAUUAAUUUGCUCAAGUUACAAUAAUUUAGCAGUCCCUGUUAGUCAAAGUAAAUUAGAAUCUUCAUAACUGCACUUGCCUUAUCACAGAUAGAAAUUUAUUUCUCAAAACUACUCUUAUUGCACUGUAGAAUUUUCACAAUAACACAUGUAAUUAUCAUUUAAAAUUUGGAAAGUUUGAUAUUUAUACAAAAUGGAAUUGAUUUGGUAAUAACUAGUUUCCUUCUCGACUAGAUUAAUUUGCUCAAGUUAGAAUAAUUUAGCAAUCUCUGUUAGUCAAAAUUAUUCUUUUAUAAUUGUGGACUAGUAACAUAUCCGGACAAAAUCGUCUGUCUCAACAAGUAUUUAUAGUUGCAUGUGCUUCUCAACCAAGCUCAAUAUGUACUAACUUGUCUUACAAUUUAAACGUUAAAACUCAUUCUCUUCUCUUUCCCUCCUCAACAAGACAAAACAAGAGAUGGAGAGCUCACCAAUCCAAUGCAUCUUCUUUGUGUUUAUCAUUUUCACCCUCUUUUCGUUUUCGACUGCUGCUACAAGUCAUGGAGAAGUUGAGGACGAACACGAGUUUAACUACAAGAAGAACGAUGAUAAGGGGCCAGAGAGAUGGGGCGAAAUUAAACCGGAAUGGGAGAUGUGUGGAAAAGGAGAGUUACAAUCUCCCAUUGAUCUGAUGAACGAGAGAGUUAAGAUUGUUUCUCAUCUUGGACGGCUUAUUAGAGACUAUGAACCUUCCAAUGCCACUAUCAAGAACAGAGGCCAUGACAUUAUGCUAAAAUUUAAAGAUGGAGCAGGAAGUAUUAAGAUCAAUGGUUUUCACUAUGAACUCCAACAGCUUCACUGGCACUCUCCUUCUGAGCAUACGGUCAAUGGAAGAAGGUUUGCACUUGAGCUGCAUAUGGUUCACGAAGGCAAGAAUGGGAGAAUGGCUGUUGUGACUGUCUUGUACAAGAUCGGAAGAGCUGAUACUUUUAUCAGAUCGUUGGAGAAGGAAUUAGAGGCUAUUACUGAUCUGGAUGACGCAGAGAAACAUGUAAGGAUGAUUGAUCCGAAACAAAUUAAGAUCGGAAGCAGAAAAUAUUACAGAUACAUAGGUUCACUUACCACUCCUCCUUGUACCCAGAACGUAACUUGGAGUGUCGUUAGAAAGAUUAGGACCGUGACAAGAGAACAAGUGAGGCUUCUCCGUGUGGCUGUGCACGAUGACUCCCUGACCAAUGCGAGGCCGGUUCAACCAAUAAACAAGCGCAUGGUUCACUUAUACAGACCAAGAGUUUAGUUAAAGAAGACACAAUACAAGUUCUUACAAUC